AUGCGUCGCUGUUUAUGCAUCUCGCUUUCCCUCUUCACAGAGGCGCGCGCUUCCAACAGGGGACUGCAGGCUGCGCCGCAACCGCUGACCCAUCAGAACCAUCAAGGGCGGGUGACACGUUUCACGCCCAUGCGUUGGCAGUCGUCGUCUACAUUGCAAGGGCCGAACGGGUAUAGUAGUGCGCAGCAGGAAGGGAGAAAAAACAUGGAAUUACCCUCUCCACUGCAGCAGGCGCUGGGCUCUGUGGGGGAUGAAGGCUUUACAAACCUCUUCAACUCGCGACCAGUUGCGGAGCGGGCGGCGGCGAUGUUUAUUGCGCAACGAUACCCCUCGGAAGGUGCUACGCUGAAGGUAUUUUUGGAGCAGCUGCCAAAACUGAGCCGUGAUGACAUGUUUAAGCGUGGGCUGCCGGCCGAGGAGUGGGUGCGAGCAUCUACGCUGAUGCAGCUUGAGGAGGAUGCCUCUGGCAUGUGCCGCGUGAAACUCGCGGCAGACGCAAAGUUUUUUCUUGCAGGAACUUCAGUUGACGAGGUGGCCGAGGAAAGAGAAGACCCGUCACCCGUGGCAGUGGACCAGGAAGAUGUGAAUCUCACGGAACAAGUGCUGCGUUGUUUGCGCCAGCGUGUCCUCGGCGUAAGAGAUGAGGCUAGCAGCCCAAACUAUAAGGCCCUUAACGAGACCUACUCCUCGUUUAUUCGGGAGGCUUCCUCUUGCAACUCCCUGCGGAGUUUUGUGAGCACCCUCAAGUUCGGGGAUUUUCUUGCUAUUUUGACUUCUCCGCGUGGGCGGGAGGAUUUUUGGUUGUUGAAUGAGAAGUAUAUCUGCACCCGACUUUCUGGAGAGGCGCAACCGCCACGGUUUGUCUCACCACAGCCGCAGACGAUGGUGGCGCAUGCCCUAAAUGCAUAUGGCGGUUGGGGUGCGGCAUCCAACGUGCCAACGCGACAGGAUGUGUACGAGAUUCUAAAGUACGUGCCCGUUUCCUGGGGAAAUUUUGGCAACCUCAACAUACCAGCUCCGGUGAAGAAAAAACACAUUCGUAUUGCCUCAGCCUUGCAGUGGUUUCGGCGUCAGCCUUUUUAUUUUGAGCUGCGCAACCUUGCGGGGACCACAGAAAUUCGUCGCAGCAUUUUGCUUCACCCGGAGGCUCACGGGUUGACUCCUGAGGAGGCCCAUGAGCGUCUACAGUUGAAGAUUGCAAAGGGUGAGGCAAACAGUCUGGCGCCUGUAAACGCCGAAGGGGAGGUGUUAGCAGCUACGGAAGCCUCACAACAUACAAAUAUACUUGUAAAAUUUAUUGCGCGUGUUUGCCCAGGCUACUUUGUCCCCAUUUCGCUGCUCAUGCAACGUUACACCAAAAAGAAUUUGACCCCAGGUGAAUUACUCGCCUGCGCCAAGGGAAACCCCGAUCAAUUUGAAGUCAUUCAUCUCAAGUACGCAGACAAUCUUCUUCUGCGGAAACGCGUUGGUGCGGACAGCGUGCGGUGGAAGUACGGUUUUGUGGAGGAUUUGGAACGACACCCAGAGGACGUGAGGGGGCUCAUUAUUCUCAUGGGGCGCGUUUGCUCCACGUGGGAUCGACCCCACUACGUGUAUGUGCGUCUAACAGAGGAGGAAAAGGUGCUCGUGGGUGGAUUUGAGGGCAUGAUGAGCAUUCUGCAACGUCACCCGAUGGUGUUCAGGGUUGGGGAAAACUUUAUUUCCCGUGUUGAUCUUUCCGACCCCCUUUCUUUGCGUGAAUCCGAGCCUUCUCCGGAUGACAUGGCGUCCCGCGUUGCAAUUCGUGAAGAAAACCCUUACCAAACCCCACGUGACUUGGCGGUGGUGUUCCAUUACGUGGCCCCGGAAGAUGAACCUUGCACCGCAGGCUUCUUUUUGCACUGCGCCAGCCCGGCGAUGCGGGCCGUUUUGCCGCCGCGAAUCGUUACCCUGCUGCAGCUUUUUCCAGACCUCUUUGUGUGUAAGGAAACCUCCCCAGGCGUCUUUUUGAUGCGCAAAGCGAAGAAGCGGGCCCACCGUGUGGCGGGCGUUUUUGCCAAAGAUCCUGCUCAAGAAGGAAGGGGGGGCGCCGCCGCGGGCGCGCCCGCCCCGCUGGGGCGGCAGCAGAUCCCGAAGGAAACUUCGGGGGCAGAUGGCGAAGCAUUGGGCAUGGAGGAGGCAUUUGAAGAAAAUGAGUCCCUCUCUCGCGAGGAAGCGGUGCAGGCGGUGAGGGCGCUGGUGCCGCCCGGGGGGGUAGAGGCCUCCCGGCUGCUACUCUGGGCCUCCCUUGCCGUUCAACAGGCCGCGAACCAACACUACGGCGGGGUUUUGAAACUUGUGGAGGCCAACCGCGCCCACUUCCGCGUGCAGGAGGGUUCCGAAUCGAAAACGAUUUACCCGGCAAGGGAGGGCGGGGCGGAUGCGCGCUGA